CUGCCAUAUAUAAUUAUUAGUACUUAACAAUAAUAUCCUAUAUAACCACUUUUGAGAUUUUUUUUUCAGGAGACCAAGACACAAAGAACCCAGAUCAAUAAUUAUUUUGGAUUGGGUUUUUUCUUCUGCUCUUUCUGAUUACAAUUAGACUCCCUUCACAAACAAAAACCCAUAAUACAAAAUCGCGAUUUUCAUAAUUUUCCAUAGAAGAAUCAUUACUAAUUAUGAAGAUAACUGAAGGGGGUUUAGAGAUUUCAGAUGAAAUAUUGGGAACAAUUGCUCCAAUUGUUGUUUACUGGGUAUACUCAGGUAUAUAUGUAAUGCUUGGAGCAUUGGAGAAUUACAGGCUGCAUAGUAAGAAAGAUGAAGAUGAAAAAAAUCUGGUGUCCAAAAAGGAUGUAGUUAAAGGAGUCCUCCUUCAACAGGCGGUCCAGGCUAUCGUCGCCACCAUCCUCUUCGCUGUUACAGGAAAUGACAGCGAAGCUGCAAAGGCUCAACCAGCUUCUCUUCUUGUACUCCUUAGACAAAUUGUAGUUGCAAUGUUGAUUUUAGACACAUGGCAGUAUUUCAUGCACCGUUAUAUGCAUGCCAACAAAUUUCUGUACCGCCAUAUUCAUUCUCGACACCACAGGCUUGUUGUACCUUAUGCUUUUGGAGCAUUGUACAACCACCCGUUAGAGGGGCUGCUUCUUGACACUAUCGGUGGAGCUCUAUCCUUCCUCCUCUCCGGCAUGUCUCCUCGAGCUUCUAUCUUCUUUUUCUCCUUCGCUACCAUCAAGACCGUCGAUGACCACUGCGGACUGUGGCUACCUGGGAAUCUAUUCCACUUAAUCUUCCAAAACAACACUGCAUAUCAUGAUAUUCAUCAUCAACUCUAUGGGAACAAGUAUAAUUAUUCACAGCCUUUCUUUGUGACAUGGGAUAGAAUUCUUGGUACUUAUAUGCCGUAUUCGCUUGAGAAGAGAACUGGCGGAGGUUUUGAAGCGCGGCCUACUAAAGAUUGCAAGGAGAACUGAUUAAAAUGUUGUUCAUUAGCUGUAAUAAAAUGUGUAUAUUGAUCUCUAUCUUUACAUGUAUGAUAUAUUGUUGUAUAAUUGUUUUUGCAGAGAAGUGUUUUGAGACAAAAAUAAUAAGAUUGAAUUUUCAUGAGGCAUUUGGAAAGCA